GCAUUAAAUACAUCUGAGGAUGUAAUUAGCUGUAAAAUGCAGUUAGUCAUCUGAUUCAUGAGGGCUUCAGUGCUUUAUUCUGGUUUCAAAUGAAGGCAUGCAGCAUGUUCAGAUGCUGCAGUUCCAGCUUGUUGUGGUGCAUUUGGCCCUUGUGAUUACCCUGCUGCAGUGGCACUCUAGCUCAGUGCUCCUCGCCAAGGCAGCUCCAGAGCCUUUGGACCCUUCAGCUGCUCUGGGCGUAGGAGCACAUCCCACCACCAGUGAAGAGAAGUCAGCCACCAGCCUGGCAGCCAAACUGUUCCUUCUUGAUGAGCUGGUGUCUCUGGAGAAUGAGGUGACUGAGACCAAGAAGAAAAGAAGUUUCCCAGGAUUUGGCUCCCCAAUUGACAGAAUUUCUUCAGCCUCUGUGGACGCUAAAGGCAAACAGAGGAAAGUGGUUGAGCUGCCUAAGAGACGGUUUGGAGUUCCUCUUGACCGGAUUGGAGUGAGCCGUCUCAGCAACACCAAGGGUGCUUCUGUUCUGAAGGAUUGAUGCUGCACUGGAAACACGACAGAAAUAUGGAAGAAGCAUCACAUCAUGUCUUGCCAUUGACUAAUGAUACAACACUCAAGGAACUGACCUCCUGCAAAACCUGUUUCACCUUGCGUUUAACAAAUGUUGCAUUUACAAAUAAUAACAAAUUCAAUUCAUCAGGCCAGAAUGCUCUCACAGUUGUGCGUGGUGUCACUGAUAGGAAGGAACAGAAAAUAUGCAUAUAGUUUAAUUGCAUGGCAUUUAUUUCUUAAACUUGCAGAAGUUCGUUAUCCUAGCAAGGGCUGUUAGAUAUUUUUUGGAUUGAAAAUAAAACUUCCAGAGAUGCCAACAGCAGACCAUGAAAAGCAGACAGCUUUGCACGUUUCUUUCAAGAGGGUGCUUGUUUGGUAGAUGAAGGGAGGAUUUAAGAGUUAUGGGACAAACCUAGAAUUUAUUUGAAGUGCUGUUCGGGAGAAGAUGUCUACUGACUUCACUAGGAGUUAGUCUGGGUAAGAACGAUGACAAUACCUUAAUAUUUGUCCUAAUGUUUUUAGUAGUCUUUAUCUCUGUACCAUAUUUAGACAUGUUUUCAUCAUACAGCAGAUCCUGAAAUGUGGUGAGACUUCUAGUUUCCUCCUUUAAGCUGAUGAAUACAUUUCAUUCCUCCCUAAGCACAACAUAGCAUAGUAUCCAAAUAUGAAGUCAUCUGCUUCCUAGGCCGCCUGCACUGUAUGCCUUAUUUUAGCCUCUUGAUGUGUGCAUGGGGCAUAAUUGGACAUCCAACUCUAAAAGUUCAAGUAUUUCUCACUCUGGUAAAAUGUAAACAUGUCCUCUCCACUUCAUUUCAGAGUAAAACAGGUUAUCUUAAA